UCUCCGCUGCUGGGCUGUCCGAAAAGAAAGAGCUGGAUCUCAGAAGAUGAUUUCUACCGACCUUCUCUGGGAGACAGCGGCGAAAGCACAGUCAACGCCAAUGGCUUCGGGCCGGAGGGGGCUGGCGAGGGGCUGGCCCCGGGGCUGAUCAGCGCUCUCGAUUUGGAAAGGCUGUCGGUGCCCUCCUCGGAGAGCGGGAAGCCCAAAACGUCACCGGAACGGGAACGAAAGGGCUUCAGCGUUGUGCAUCGCAGGCAGAUGGGUCUUUCCAACCCCUUCCGAGGGCUCCUUAAGCUGGGCAGCCUGGAGCGGAGAGGAGCCAUGGGGAUAUGGAAGGAGUUUUCCUGCGAGCUGUCGCCACUGGAGCUCCGGCUCUUCCUGGACCACGAGGACCGCAUCUGCGUCGAGAGCUAUUCCCUGCUACGCUGCGAGUCGCUGGCGCUGACGCACUUGGACGGCCGUUUCGAGCUGGUUUUCCUGGGGAAAAAACUCUACUUACGAGCUCCUUCUCGAGACGAAGCCGAGGACUGGUUGGACAGGAUCCGCGAGGCGCUGCAGAAGUGCCGGCCGCAGGUGGAGGAGGAGGAGUGGGAGACUCUGGAGUACCCAGAAGAUGGUGGUGAAGGCCAACCCGUCCAGAGCGACUCCACUGCUCUUCUCCAGUACAGCGACGUGCCUGGAAACAGCUUUGACUGGAGUCCAGCUCACGAACCGGAGCUGGAUGCAAUAAAAGAGGCUGUUCUGUACGUGGACGUAGACAAAACUUGGGUCCCUUUUAUAUUUUCCCUGUCUCUAGAAACUUUAAAGUGCUUUAAAGUCAGGAACAACGACAAAAUUUUAAGCAACAGUUACGGUAUAGAGACCAUCCAGGACAUCCUUCCGGACACAAGCCUUGGGGGACCCGCGUUCUUCAAGGUGAUCACCUCCAAAGCUGUCCUGAAGCUGCAGGCUGAGAACGCAGAAGAAGCGGCCUCGUGGAGGGAGCUGGUCCGAGCGGUGCUCAUGUCCUACCUGGAGAGCGCCGAGGAGGCUCUGACGCUGGGCGGCAGCUUGGACGGGCACUCCCAGGUUGUCCUGAAGAACAUCGUGAAGGAAAACGGCUUCUUGUUGCAAUACUUGGUGGCCAUUCCCAUGGAGAAAGGCCUGGACUCGCAGAGCUUCAUCUGUGCAGGCUGCUCCAGGCAGAUCGGCUUCUCCUUCGCGAAGCCCAAGCUCUGCGCCUUCUCCGGUCUCUACUACUGCGACAGCUGCCACCGGGAUGACGAGACGGUGAUUCCCUCACGCCUCAUCCACAACUGGGAUCUGACAAAACGAGGGGUUUGCCGACAGGCUUUGAAGUUCCUCACCCAAAUCCGUAACCAGCCACUGAUCGACCUGAAGCUGGUCAAUGAGAGCCUCUAUGACCACGUGGAGAGGAUGAGACGGAUCCACCGGAGCAGGGAACAGCUGAAGCUGCUGGGAGAUUAUCUCAUUAUGUGCCGCAGCGGGGCCCUGAAGGAGCUGAGCAAGCGGCUGGAUCACAGGCACUACCUCUUGGAGUGUCCCCACAAAUACAGUGUUGCUGAUCUGAGGCAGAUUGCCGACGGCGUCUUUGAGACCUUCCUGCAGUCUCUGCUCCAGUUUGCUUCCCAUCACGUCUACAACUGCGACCUGUGCACCCAGCGGGGCUUCAUCUGCCAGAUCUGCAACAGCAGCGACAUCAUUUUUCCCUUCGAGUUCGACACUACCACCAGGUGA